CAUCAUUGGGCUACCAUCGGCACUUUAUAACAGAAGCAUUCAACUCCUGGAGGUUUCGACUGGGCGACGAACGAAGGAGCGGAGGCUCUCCCAAACGACGGCCAGUAUCCAUCAAUACACACACCGAGAAGAAGUGUUUUCUCUUCAGAAGAAGUAGUCAACUUUAACCUUCCUCAUUAAAGAAAAAGUUUCAUUCCGAGGAAAACUUUUUUUGAAACGAAUUCAAUUCAAAAUUUUAAAAUUUUUAACAAAAAGAAGUGAGAAGAACGAAAUUUUGUUUGAUUUCAUCAAGGUCGACAAAUAAUUUCUCAACUCUAACAGACAGCGUGUCUCCAUCAACUAAAUUAUAAAAGUUAAUUUAACACAGAUUUUUAUCGAGAUACUCGACUUAUAUAAAAAAAAUAUCGUUCUUAUAAAAUAAAAUUCUUUAUUAAUACUUAAUUAAAAGAAAAUUUCCAAGACGACGACUUUUACGAAAAGGGCGGCGGAAAAAGUUUUACGCGCAUCACUAAUAAUUAGUCAUCAUCAUCGUCGAAGUUUGUCGGUUUUUUUCAAUCGCGGCUCGUCUCCGUUUCGAGAUAAAAUUUAUAGCGCAACAACAUGUUCGCGAUAAUGCAGUUGGAGAGCGACGUUAGCGGUCGAGAAUUCAGAAGGAAGAUGAGACCAAAGUGCGAAUUCAUUUGCAAAUACUGUCAACGUAGAUUCACCAAGUCCUACAACUUGAUGAUCCACGAGAGAACCCACAAAAGUCCUGAUUUGACGUUCAGCUGCCAGGUCUGCGGGAAAAGUUUUAUGAGACAAGAUAAUCUCAAACAACACAGAUGUAGUCAGUGCAUAUGGCGGUGAAGGACAACUUGAAAAUGUUGAAGAGAAGAAUUUCUUCAUCCUCUUUUUAAAUCUUUCUUAAAUAUCUGCUCAUUUUCCAACAACAACAAAUAAUUGCUGCACUCAAUAUAAGUAC